AUGGCAAACAAAUCUGACAUAGGCCGGGAUCCUACUGGUCGGUAUACCAUUGGGUCAAGAUUGUCAUUUGAUGGUGCUCUUUGCACGGUUCGAUAUAUCGGACCGGUUCAAGGCACCAAGGGCGAGUGGCUCGGCGUGGAAUGGGAUGAGCCAGACAGGGGCAAACACUCGGGAGCUCACAAUGGCGUGAAAUAUUUUCAAUGUAAAGAUCAGGUCACUUCAUGCAGAAAUAAUCACCCAACAGCUGGCUCAUUUGUCCGUCCUAGCAGACCAUCAGACAAAUCCCUAAGCUUCCUAGAAGGAGCUCACGAGAAAUAUGUUUCUGAGCUGCCAGUAUUCCACUCUUCCUCUAAAGGAGACCGUGUUUUGGAAGAUUAUAUAUCCAAGCCCAUUGAAAUCAGUGGAAAGAUCGUGGAAGAGGUUGGGUUUGAUGAGGUUCGCAAGCAGCUUGCAGCAUUGCAUGAGCUUCGGAUUCUCAUUCUUGAUGGCCUGCGCAUUAAUGGGGUGCUGGCUGGGCCCGAUGUAUCUGAUAAUAGAGAAAAGGAACUUGAGAAGAUCAAGCACACUUGUCCAAAGGUUAUGGAGCUUAAUUUGAGCCGCAAUCUUAUACGGAAGUGGUGCGAGAUAGUCGAUAUCUGCGCUCAGCUACCAGAACUGAAAAUAUUGAAAUUAAAUGGAAACUUUUUUGAAGAAGUCAAAAAUUGUUCUUCAGAUACAAUUUCUUCCACAGUCAAUAGUCUAUUCUUAGACUUUACUUUAAUGGACUGGGAAGAGGAGCUUUCACUGGACUUUAAUGAUUUCGGAUCUCUGGACUUUUUAAGCCAUCUUACGGCAUUACGCAAGCUUCGCCAUCUUUCUCUUCGAAGAAAUAAGAUCAGUAAGAUAUAUGCGUCAACACCCUCGGACUUAGUCUUUUCCCCAACUCUGGAAUUUGUGGAUGUAUCAUGCAACCAAAUUUCAUCCUGGGGCUUCUUGGAUGCUUUACAGAAAAUAUUUCCGGGCAUGACACAUUUACGAAUUUCGGACAACCCUUUAUAUGCUCUUCCACCAGCUCCGACGAAAGUGACAGGAUUACCUGAGGCUCGGAUGACGGUGGAUGAAGCUUUCAUGCUGACCCUAUCACGGCUGUCUAAUCUAAAGAUUCUAAAUUACGGCAAGAUCACACCCCUUGAUCGCCUCAAUGGAGAACUAUAUUACCUCUCACUUAUUCGAAAGGAGGUCCUUGCGCAUCCUCCAAGUAUGGAACAGGCAAUAAUCAGGUCACAUCCACGAUAUAAAGAACUCUGCAAGAUAUACGAGAUACCAGGGAUUCAAAGAACGGAAAAGGACGAACAGUCCAGGGAUAUAGACCCUCGUUCUCUAGAAGCACAGCUGAUAAAAUUUAGGUUCCACCUGGCUGACUCUAGCAAGGGAGAAGGGAAAGCCAAUACCCAUGUUUUUGAGAAAGAGAUACCGAAGUCAUUUGAUGUCUACCUCAUCAAAGCUAUCGUGGCUCGGCAUUUCUCCUUACCUGCACUGCGAUUUAAACUAAUAUGGGAAUCCGACGAAUGGGACCCGGUAGAAAAGGGCACUGCGGAGGAAGAUGAGUGGGAUAGUGAGGAUGAAGAUGAUGAAGAUGAAGAUACCCAGCCUAUCAAUGGCAAACAAGUACGACAAGCCAACGAGAAGGAGUUUGUUAGGCGGGAAGAGGAGUUAACGGAUUCUACUCGGGAAGUCAGCCACUGGUUUGCAAGCGACGUCAAGGAAGCAAACGUCAGAGUAGAGCCUUUUUGA